UCUAAUUAUUUUCUUGUUUCAUUUGAUCAUCUUACACUUGAGCAAACGUGAGUAGCAUAUUCGACUAAAAAGUUUUAGGAUUAUGAAGCAAAUGAAGUUGGAGACUGAUAGUGUAAUUGAUAAGCCUAAACUAGCAAUCCCCCCACCUCCACCUCCUCCACCACCGCUUCCAAGAUCCUGGGCAAGAAAGACUAGUGCAGACAGUGUGACAAACCGUGAGAUUGCCAAAUUCUGGAGGCAGAAACACGCCGAGGAGGAGGAUCACCUCCUGGCAGCCAUCAAGGCCGCAGCACGCAAAAGGGCCCGCAAUCUGUCGGAGGAAGACUACAAGAGCUUCGAGGAGUCACUGAGCGAUGAAGAGUACAACGCUAAGCAGAAUAUCACAGCCCCAACUAAUGACAGCAAAGGCAAUGAUAAGAACAAUGAAGUUCGUGUGGGGAUAAAAGACUGGUGGACGAAUAGCAAGUAUGCAUACUUAAACCAACCAGCUGUUGAGUCUACGGACAAUCGAAGGCGACGUGCAUCCACUUAUAUACCGAACUUUCUCAAUUAUAAACCAGCCCCAUUGUAUCCUACAUCACUUGGUGUCUUUUAAAUCAUUGAGAUGGAGGAGCUUUUUUCAACCCUCAAUUGAUUGCAUUACCUCAUAUCAGGAAAAUAUAUCGUUGUCCUUUUAGUUUCCGUGUAAGUGAAACCUCCGUUCAUUUGUUUGUGUGCUUGCAAAUAAGCAUGGUUAUGAGAAAAUCCUGUUGUAGAC